UCAAACAUAUGGAUUAUUUAUUGCAAGACAGGUUUUCGGCUCUUGCCGCAGUAUUGAAAUUCACUGUUUUUAUUUUCCAUGACUUUUGAUUUCGUUAUUUUUGAGUCAAAAAUAUGAUGGAGGGUUCAUUAAGUAAGUGGACAAAUGUGAUGAAAGGAUGGCAGUAUCGGUGGUUUGUGUUGGACGAGAAUGCUGGCCUGCUGUCCUACUAUACGUCAAAAGAAAAAAUGACCCGGGGUGUACGGCGCGGCUGCGUGCGACUCCGAGCGGCGGUGAUCGGCAUUGAUGACGAAGACGAUUCAACCUUCACCAUCACAGUUGACCACAAAACCUUCCACUUUCAGGCACGCGACGGCUCAGAAAGAGAAAGAUGGGUGCGCGCAUUAGAAGACACGAUAUCAAGGCACGGUGUGAGAGAACGCUGGUCCCGCAACAUGGCGCCGAGACACCGCCACGGCGACCUGGAGAGGCGGAUAUCGGAGGCGGACGCUUAUCUGCAGAUCAUGAUCGAGCUCGUCAAUAAAAUGAACACGCGAGUCUCGGAGUUGGCAGACCCUCACGAGAAAUCAAAAGGACAGGUCAUCUUAGACCACUCCAAUGCAAUGUUGGAUAACAUUAAACAUUCCAUAGUGCUUCUGCAAAUAGCUAAGAAUACAGUUAAUCCAGUGAACGGUGUAUAUCAAGGACCGACAAAUACUUCCCAAACACAUAUCAAACAAGAUGCGGAACUAUCACCACGCGUAGAAUUAGGCUCCGAGUGUAGAGAACUGGCCACGCCCACCAGGAGUUUGCCGCUCGCCGACAUGACAGCUGCAAGACCCAUGUCUCUCUUCGUACCGGACACAUCAUACUCGUCAUCGGAAGGAGAGGAUGACUUUUACGACGCUGACGACGAACCCGCAAGCACGACUCCGCCGGGGCCCAGUGCAAGCCGGACUUGUACGGCGGACGGCGCGGCCGAGCAGGACUCGGCGCAGCCCUCCGUCGACCUUCCGCGCACCACUGAUGGAGAGAUAGACUAUGAUGCCCUAUAUGAGGAUGAGUCCGACAGCGACCUCGGCUCCAUGGAAAACCACGGCUCAGUGGUCACACAUUUACUGUCACAGGUCAAGAUUGGCAUGGACCUCACUAAGGUUGUGUUACCGACGUUCAUCCUGGAGAGGCGAUCGCUUCUAGAAAUGUAUGCAGACUCCUUCGCACAUCCCGACCAGUUUGUUAAGAUAGUAGACCAGCCGACACCCAGGGACAGGAUGGUGCAGGUGGUCCGCUGGUACCUGAGCUCGUACCACGCGGGCAGGAAGUCGCAGGUCGCCAAGAAGCCCUACAACCCCAUACUGGGGGAGGUGUUCCGUUGCCACUGGGACCUUGACGGCUCUGAGACUUCCAGCAAUGCUGAUAAGCAAGAAGUAGGCGACGGCCCAGUCCCCUGGUGUUCACCUGAACAGCUCUCCUUCGUAGCAGAACAAGUAUCUCACCACCCUCCCAUAUCUGCCUUUUACGCGGAACACGUGAACAAGCGGAUACAGUUCGAAGCGUGGGUGUGGACGAAGAGCAAAUUCCUAGGGCUGUCCAUAGGAGUACAUAAUAUUGGAAAGGGGACUGUCACACUUUUGGACACAGGGGAAGAAUACACGUUGACCUUCCCCAAUGGAUAUGGCAGAUCAAUAUUAACAGUCCCCUGGAUAGAGCUAGGCGGUUCGGUAGUAAUCGAAUGCGUCCAAACCGGUCACAAGGCGAACAUCGAAUUCCUGACGAAGCCCUUCUACGGUGGCAAGAAACACCGUGUCACGUGCGAGAUAUACGCCGGGAGCGAUAAGAAGCCUUAUUAUACUGCGCAGGGAGAGUGGAAUUCCAGGAUGGACGGCAGGUGGACUGAUUCUGGGCGCACGGAGGUGCUGUUCGAAGUGUCUCGCAUGAAGGCCAGACGCAAGCUGGUGGCGCCGGUGCCGCGACAGUCGGCGCAGGAGUCGCGGCGCGUGUGGCGCCACGUGACGUGCGCGCUGCGCGCGGCGGACACGGACGCCGCGACGGCCGCCAAGCGCGCCGUGGAGCAGGCGCAGCGCGACGCCGUCAAGCUGCGCGACGCCAACGCCGACAAGUGGCUCACGCAGCUAUUCAGCCCGAAAGGCGAAGACGGCUGGGAAUACAACUCGCCCCUAAAGAAUCGUCUACAGAAACACACCCCCCAACACAAACCCGUCGACACCAACGACACGAGAUAAUGUGACUGUGACUAGUGUUACUAUAGACUAUUUAGCCCCGAGGACAUCGAACGCGCGGAGCGAAAGUGUAAAAAAAAAUAAAUUAUAACGUUAUUAUUUCUGAGAGGUUUUAUUGUUUGUGGACUAACGUAAUGAUUGAAUUCUUCGCUAGGGGCGCUGGUAUAGAGCGAUUGCGUCAUUCAAGGAAAAAUAUAUUGUGCGCACAACACACGCAUAAUGUCAAACGUUCGCCAUAGUAAAAAUAGUAUUUUUGUAUGUUUAUUUUUACGCUUACAGGCAAACAUAUUUUAUAUCAAGACAAAGAAAACUUUAUAGAAUCUAUGAAUAUCUCGUUCUAUUCCUCUUAAAUUUUUCCUAAAUCUAAAUAUAUAUACGGAAUAUUGAAUGCAUUUCUCUAGUAUACGCCUGUUGUCCCAACACUAAAAUUAUGUUUUAUUAUAAAUACCAUGCUAGGAUCCUUACAUUAUCUAUGGUAUAAUAGGCUAAAUCUCAGUUGAUUAAUUUUAAAAAUUAAAAGAAAACAUGCGCCCCAAACAGUGAUGUUUAUGUAUGUAUUUAAAAGAGUGUUAUGUUCGAAAUAACAAUUAAUUUUAUAUAAAUAAAACACGCUACGUAGCUGUUGUCAAUGCUGAGUAUUGGCGGUAAAAAUCAACUGUCACAUGUCACAUUAAGUGUCAACAUUAAGCCACAGACUAUACAUAUUUUAUCUAUUAAUAAAGUGAGCAAGUGCAACUAAUAUAUAACAAAGAAUUAACUGGGUUAACCCUUUUAAGUACAUACAAAAACUCUGUGAUACUGUGUUAGGGUUUUAAUACAUCCUUUCCCUGGGAAACCGCACCCGUGACUAUUUCGGAAUAAAACAUAGCCUAUGUCACUUUCCAGCUAUCCAACUAUCUCCACAUAAAAAAACUAUUCAAUCCCUUGCUCCGUUUUGACGUGUAAUUAGAAAUAAACUUUCACAUUAGAUAGAUAUAUAGAUAAAUAAAACGUUUAUUUACUAGUACUGUAUACAUACAGGCAAUAAAUUUGACAAAUUUUUACCCAAAGUUAAAACAAACAAAACAGAUAUAAAUACAUAUUGCACCAGGUUUACACAAACUUAUAUCUAACAUUCAAUAAGUCAAAUCUUCCUGUAUGUGCUGCACAUUAAGGGAGAACUCACAUCUACUCGCGUCAGACGCAAGUCGAUACAAUUUGUAUUAGCUUAACCCUUAUUCUUUGGACAUAAAGGUUUUUUCGGACCGACUAAAGCCGAUCCCGAGGCAAUACGAGUAGGCUCUGCAUACUCACGUAUUCGUUAGGGACUGAGACACCACGAAGCCCGAGGUCAGCAUAAAAAACAACCUUCAAUUUGAAUAUUCGUCUGCGAUUUUACAACCGGCCGCCUGCCUGACAUCAACCUUCCUUGGGAAUGCUGUUGCCUAUCGGCUGCCUAGACCAUGUGUUCCUUAGUCGCCACGUUCGACAUCCACUGGAUAUGGAGUGGUCAUACUCCAAACCACGUCAGCCAGCAUGUAGGGACUCCAUUAUAUAAUAAGAAUUAUAUAAUAUUCUAGAUUUUGUCCAGAACUUCGUGAGUAAAAAUCCGUUUCCCGUGGGCAUUUCAGGAAACCUCUUCUUAGUGCUCCCCUACACUGUCCUAGGAACCUACACACCAAAUUUCAGCUUCCUACGCCCAGUAGUUUCCGCUAUGCGUUGUCUGUGACUCAAUAACGGAAUAGUUUUAUAUAUAUAUAUAUAUAUAUAUAUAUAUAUAUAUAUAUAUAUUAUCAAUGGGUUUACUCCGCGUUUUCGAUGUAGGAUAGAAAUCCAAAGGCCCCGUAGCUAGUACGUUUUUUCUGACGCAACAUAUUCUCAUAGGUUAGGGAUAGGCCACAGUAUAUAAAAGUCAGUGCGGACACUCCUAUACUGUAUAAAUAGCGUCUACAUUUUUAAAUACAAAUUUUUCACUAUUGUUUUUCAUUGUUACCGAUAUAUGUACACCAAAAGAUGCUUUAUCUCUCAAGGUCUUAAUACGAUGGAGCUAUAAUAUCAUUUCUAUAAUUGAAUUAUAGUUUUAUAAUAAAGCAAUAUCUUGGUGCAAGCAUAUAGAUGGAAAAUGUCAAAAUUACAUAUGAUUUAUUUUGUUUAUUUAUGAUAGACUCUAUUUCAAAGCAGCAAAGUAGAUUUUUAUUUUUACUUUCAGUAGGAGUGUCUGUUAAGUAGUACUAUAGACAACUUGUAGACUUUUUCACUGAUGAUAGAAACCGUUAAACAUUAAAAGAAAUUAAAGCUGAAGGUGGUAUUCCACUCAUUCCAUUACUAAAAAGACGGCAGUAUCGAAUAAAAAUGUACUGAAAUAAUAUAACUAUUUGUUUGAUUAAAUACAAAGUUAUGUAAAGUUGACAAGAUUGUUAGAUAUAUAGUUUUACUAUCUGUACAUUUCAAAUUGAGACACGAAUACAAUAGAAAUACUACCUAUAGUUUAAUAUGAAAAUAUUUAAAUUAUUUUAUUAAAUUCUUUGUAUGACUUUGUAUCUGGCAUUUACAGUUAACUUGUAUGAAAAUCAUUAUCGAAGAAGACGGGGCCGACAUCUUUUUCAUUUCGAAAAGUGAUACGUUAAUAUAUAAUAGAUAAAUAGAAAAUAUAAAAAUUAGUUUUGAUGAGCAGUCCGGCGAAUGGGCUGUAUAUAUCAUUGCCGCAAUUUGUAUAAACUUUUUUAUGCGCCGUAAGGUUGGUGUGACUGUGUAAUAUUUUGACUGUAGAUAAUCGUGGAUUCGGGAAAUUUCUAGAUCUUUUAUUGCGACGAAUUUAUUUUCAUGUUAUGUUAUGUUGUAUUGACAUGGUAAACUGAGAUUAUUUUCUUUCUAUCAAUUAACUUUACCACAAUCAUAAAUAUAACUGACAAACUAUGAUGAUUUUAGCCUUACUUUAAAACGUUAAGUAAAAAAAAUAAUAUUAAUGGACUCAAUAUUUUUCAAACAUUUAAAGAUACACAUUUUAAAAGUGUCUUUUGUCACUGUAUAUCAUUUUUAACAAGUUGUUAACCAUUUUUAUUUACAACAAAAAUGUUUUAGCUAAAAUUUGAUCUAAGUUUUGACGUAUGACGUUUUUUUAGUAAUACUAACGUCGUCGCUUUCUGACGGCAUAAAAUUAUGACAUAAUAAUUUUCAAACAUGUUUAAGUUUUGGUUAUCAAAAAUAAACCUUAAAUAUUUUAUAUUUUUUGACAUUAGAGAAAUACAUACUGAUAAAGAAUGUAUAUGAAAUCAUAUGUAAGCCACUGUAAUAGAAAAUUAAAAUUGUGACUAUAAAUGUAGUUUAUCCAACCUUUCGACGCUCCCUAUAAUUUUUUAUCAAUUUUUUUAUAAAAAAUCUGAUAUAACAUUUUAUGGCCUAUAACGUUAAGCAAUAAAUUUGUAAAUAUCGAAUUCUCUUUAACAUCGCUUGUAAGUUCGGUCGGUAUACGCGUAGGCACAGAAUGAUAUCGAUUAUACAUAUAUAGAAAAUGGGCAUUAUCACUACAUAGUAUAAGACUAAGUCGCUUCCCGCUGUCUGUCUGUCCCUAGUGUGAUUUCUGAGGAAGGUAGGAGACAAGCCGCUAGUGAAGGAUAUAAAAAUAAUAUUAUUUUCCAAUAAACAUAUAAUAUUUCGUGGCGUGGUAGAUUAAUGACUAUUUGUAAAAAAGGAGAACAUUAGUAGUUAAUAUUUAUGAGCUACCUUCACAAAAUAUUGCCAAACAUAGACAAUGUGAAAUGUAUCUAUUGGCCACGACUCAAGGUUCACAUUACAUUGUAUUUUUGGGACAUACAUACAUGCGAAUAUUUUUAUUGAGAUAUGCCCGUUUCCUAUACUCGCUUGUAACCUCAUCGGUUCACGAAAAAAAAAAAUUAAAUUAGUGAAAAGACUGAGAAAAUAAAAUUUUGAACGAAAUCUAACGAGCAUCGGCGGAGACACGUGCAAAAAUUAUUUAAAUAUUCAAUCACAUAGACUUUAAUUGAAUACAUAGUUAUAACUACCAUGUUGUAUAUUUAAAUAAAAAAUUAAAUUAUU